GCAUGUGUGGCCGGAGUUUCUUGCCAUCUUCGGCUUCCGUCGGUACAAGUCGUGUUUGAACGACCUUUUACAGCCUUUCAUUAUAAAUAUCUCGGUAUUAUGUGCUUUAUUUUAUGAAAAAAUAUUUCCAAUAAUAGGUUGAAGUCCUCUCUCUAGCAUCAGGCAAAGGCAGAGAGUUAACUAAUUAACUCAAUGGAGAGGAGGCCUGGUGUGUUCACCUAUGACGCCCAGUGGCCGAUUUACGCACUAGGUUGGUCGGCCCGUCGCGACAAGAAACACCGCCUCGCCAUCGGAAGUUUCCUGGAAGAACACAGUAACAAGGUGGAGCUGGUGCAACUCAACCAAGACACAUUCGAUUACUCUAACGGUAGUGCCCUUGUCUUCGACCAUCCUUACUCGCCAACGAAGCUUAUGUUCUUCCCCACUGAGGAUACACUGAACCCUGAUAUAAUUGCUACAUCCGGUGACUAUCUACGGCUGUGGGAGAUUCAUGAGGACCGGAUUGAGCUUAGGACCCUUCUCGACGGGAACAAGGACAGUGAGUUCGACUCGGCUGUCACCUCAUUUGACUGGCCGGAGUUCGACCCACGUCGAGUGGUAGCCUGUAGCAACGACACCACAUGCACAAUCUGGGACCUAGAGAAAGAAGCUGUUGAAGCUCAACUGGUAGCACAUGAUAAGGAGGUCUACGAUGUAUCUUGGGGAGGGCCCGGAGUAUUUGCUUCAGUCUCUGCGGAUGGCUCGGUCAGGGUGUUCGACAUGAGAGACAAGGAGCGUUCCACCAUUAUCUACGAGAAUAGCAGAUCUGGGAGUACUCCAUUGUUACGUUUGGAGUGGAACAAGGCUGACCCCAAGGUCAUUGCGACGGUCGGGAUGGAUAGCAAUAAGGUGGUGAUCUUGGAUAUUCGAUUUCCGGCCUAUCCAUUAAUGGAGCUAAGGAGGCACAGGGGGAGUGUGAACGCAAUCGCUUGGUCACCGCACGUCGGGCGGCAACUGUGCUCAGUCGGGGACGAUUCAAGGGCCUUCAUAUGGGAAGUGCCGGUGGCUGAGGGUCGACCAGAGUCCGGUGAUGAUAUAGAACCUGUUAUGUGGUAUGGAACAACAGCUGAGAUCAUUCAGGUAGGGUGGUCAUCUUUGGAUCCUGAUUGGAUUGCAGUUGCUUUCUUGAAUAAAUUGCAGGUCUUGAGAGUUUGAAAAGACUUCAUUAAUUUGUAUUACUUGAUGCUAUGUUGGUUUUAAUUAUUACCUACCAUGUAUCAUGUUGGGCCAAAAUAGAAUAGAAGUAGAAAUUCUUUA